AAGACAUUGCGCUACAUCUCACAGAUGGCAGCCCCAUACCCCUCGUCACCAAUAUCCGUGUGCUCGGCUUGCUAAUAGAGGCGAACGGAGCGAAUGGCAUGGCCUUUGCCAAAAUCAAGAUGAAUACAGCCAACACCAUGAGACUUUUGAAGCGGGUCUCCAACCGCCGUGGGGGUAUGAAAGAGGAGAAUCUGCUCCGAUUAAUCCAGUCAUUCGUAAUUUGCCACAUCACCUACGUUGCUGCGUAUCUAAACUGGUACAAGGCUGAACAAACCAAGCUCAACAUCCUCCUACGCGGUGUCUAUAAACAAGCCCUCGGCCUCCCCGGUUGCACCAGCACUGACCUCCUCCUUCAACUAGGCGUCCAUAACACACUGGACGAGCUCAUCGAGGCCCAACGUCGCUCUCAGCUGGAGAGACUCACUCUCACAGCGACGGGUCGCCAUAUCCUCACCUCGCACGGCAUCACCUACCACCAUCAACACGGCCAUAAGCACCAGAUCCCCUCCACCAUACGAGCUUGGAUUCACGCCGACCCUAUCCCCAGAAACAUGCACCCCGAAUACAACCACGCACGUCGCACAGCACGUGCCACGGUUCUCACCAAAUCCCUUACUCGCCACGACGGUGUGAGUUUCGUCGACGCCGCCGAAUAUCCCCACGGUACCCGCUUUGCAGCCGUCACCACGCGUGGAGGCUCUCUCCACCAUGCUAUCAGCCUAGUAACCCCACACGCUGAGGAAGCUGAAGAAGUGGCCAUCGCGCUAGCCACACUGGACCUAACAUGCCAUACCAUCGUCUCUGAUUCCCGCUCCGCCGUUAUCAACUAUAUCAACGGCCGUAUUUCACGCCAAGCCUUGCGCAUCUUGCAACAAGCACCCCGCUCCACCGACCAUCAGGUUACACUCGUCUGGUUCCCGGCUCAUGCAGGCGCCGUCCAUCCGCACCUCCCCAACCUCAACGAGGUUACCCACUCCCUAGCGCGAGGCCUAGUUAACCGCGCGGGAGAAGAGGAGGCUGCCCCCACCGGUAGGGAUCGCCUGACACGCUACAAUGAUCUUGUGAAGUCCUUCUACUUAGAGCGUAGAACCUUCCCCGGCCCACACAACAAACUAUCCCGAGCGCAGGCUACAACUUUCCGCCUGCUACAAACCAAUACUUACCCCUCGUUACAACUUUACAACAAGAUCUACCCAGACAUUUACCCCAAUCCCACGUGCCAUAUCUGCAAGGCACAGCCAGCCACACUUCCACACAUGCUUUGGGACUGUACACACCAAUACCCCGACACUAACCCCACGACCCUCUCGUCGAGAUGGCACGCUGCCCUGCGUAGCUCCAACCUUGACGACCAACUCUGGGCGACCCAGCAGGCCUGCGAGGCGGCGAAGAGGCAACACCUCGACGUCCCCACGUGGGAGGCCUAGGCCCAGCCACCAUCUCUUGCUGGUUUCAAUAAAGUUUAUUCAGUCAGUCAGUCAAAUAUUUCUUCUAACUUCAGCAGCGCUACAGUAAAAUAGUGUCGCAGUCAACGUGACUACUCUAUCAGGUGCAUUUUAAAACAAUUCUUGUCAACCAUACUUCCGCAAGCGAGCUUAAAUGCAAGAUUAGUUUGUUAUACAUCUACUUCUCAUUGCUUCAGCCAACUUAAAUUGUUUUUCGAGCUAGCUUAGUAUUUUUCUUUUAUGUCAUUUUAUUGUUUUGCUUGCUUAUGUCUGUGUACAUCCUUUGUAACUUCACAACAGAAAUGUGUUGGAGCCCACCAGUUUGCUUUGAUAACAUAGCAGCCCAAAAAUUACCUUAUCGGUUGCUUUGGAGGUGCCACCGUGCUUGCCGUUCAUAUCGAAAGGUGGCCUUGGAGUGUGACACGUGACACACAGGUGAUUGGGUUAUUUCCACGUGCGAGAUGAAAUCUUCUACUAUGACUAUUCAAGCCAUUUGCAGCACGAAUAACGCCUACCUUGCAAUGACACACCCCACCAUGACCGUUGGGAAGACUGUCCAUUGCCUGUCGCUGGUGCACGAGGCUACAUCUUCACCUGUUGGUACUCGCUAAUUGUGUUGCAGCUUGUCUUUUGGCUCAUCAGCACUAAGAAUAAAAGCUCUGUUUUAAAAUCAAUAA